AUGGCGGCCCGGCUGGGAGUGAGCAGGUUGCUGGGCGCUCGCCCGGCUGCCCGGGGAGGCCCGCUGCUCGCCUGCCGGAGGUGGGCCGGUGCCUCGGCAGACACCGUGUACGAUGUGGUGGUGUCGGGCGGAGGCCUGGUGGGCGCUGCCAUGGCUUGUGCCUUGGGACAUGAUAUUCACUUUCAUGAUAAAAAAAUCCUGUUGCUCGAAGCAGGUCCAAAGAAAGUACUGGAGAAAUUGUCGGAAACUUACAGCAACAGGGUCAGCUCCAUUUCCCCUGGUUCUGCAACCCUGCUCAGCAGUUUUGGUGCCUGGGACCAUAUCUGCAACAUGAGAUACCGAGCCUUCCGCCGAAUGCAGGUGUGGGAUGCCUGCUCAGAGGCCUUGAUAAUGUUCGAUAAGGAUAAUUUAGAUGACAUGGGCUAUAUUGUAGAAAAUGACGUCAUCAUGCAUGCUCUCACUAAGCAGCUGGAGGCUGUGUCCGACCAAGUGACAGUUCUCUACAAGAGCAAAGCUGUUGGCUAUACCUGGCCUGAUACAUUUUCCAUGGAAGACUCCAGUCCUUGGGUCCACAUUACCCUAGGUGAUGGCAGCACCCUCCAGACCAAAUUGUUGAUUGGUGCUGAUGGUUACAACUCAGCAGUACGGCAGGCUGCUGGGAUCCAGAAUGUCACCUGGAACUAUGACCAGUCUGCUGUUGUGGCUACUCUGUAUUUGUCAGAGGCCACAGAAAACAAUGUAGCCUGGCAGAGAUUCCUCCCCUCUGGGCCUAUUGCUCUGCUACCGCUCUCAGAUACCUUGAGUUCCUUGGUAUGGUCCACCUCGCACGACCAUGCAGCAAAGCUGGUCAGCAUGGAUGAGGAAGAGUUUGUGGACGCCAUCAACUCCGCUUUUUGGAGCGAUGCUAACCACACAGACUUCGUUGACUCAGCCAGCACCAUGUUCCAAUACAUCGUCACCUUUCUGAAGCCCACUAGGGUCUCAGCUCGCCAGCUGCCCCCAAGUGUAGCCAAAGUGGAUGCCAAAAGCAGAGCACUCUUUCCUUUGGGCUUGGGACAUGCUGCUGAGUAUGUCCGUCCUCGAGUGGCCCUCAUUGGGGACGCAGCCCACAGAGUCCAUCCACUUGCAGGGCAAGGUGUCAACAUGGGCUUUGGCGAUAUCACCAGCUUAGUCCGCCAUCUCAGUGCUGCAGCCUUUGAUGGGAAGGACUUAGGCUCUAUGAGCCACCUGACAGGUUAUGAAACAGAUAGACAGCGUCAUAAUACUGCUCUUCUAGCUGCCACAGACUUAUUGAAAAGGCUGUAUUCGACCAGUGCUGCUCCGCUGGUGUUGCUCAGGACAUGGGGCUUGCAGGCCACUAAUGCAGUGUCUCCUCUCAAAGAACAGAUUAUGGCCUUUGCCAGCAGAUGAGAGCUCCUCUUCCAGAUCAUGUUGAAAAAGAACCCCCUCUACCAGGAUCAUCAUAUACAUAUCCAAGAUACAAAAAAUAAAUUUAUAGUAGAACUUU